UUAAACAGAACAACAUGUCAGUUUGCUGUCUCUGCCCAGAUAUUUAAGGAGUUACUAGAUAUUUAACAAUGUACCACUGUUGAUCCUUGGAGAUGAAGAAUUUUGUCAUCACAGCUGGAAAAGUGCUUUGUGUCUGAAAUGAAGUUUUCUGUUGUAACUCACUGAAAUCCACUGGAACCGGGAAGCUGAGAACACACCAGCAUUUGUUCACUGGAGAUCAGUUCUUCAACUACAUUGAUUGUGCAAGGGGUUUACUACAUCUGAUAUUUGAUUUGUGAAUUGACAAAGAACUGUGGGAAGGGAUUCACUCUUCACUCACUCAUCUCACCUGCAUGCACAACAGCGAGUUCACACUGAUAAGAUGUCUUUCACCUGCGCUGAUUGUGGGAAGGGAUUCACUCGGUCAUCCUGCCUUCUGACACACCAGCGAGUUCACACUGGUGAGAAGCCGUUCACCUGCUCAGACUGUGGGAAGGGAUUCACUCAGUCAUCGCAACUGCGGAGACACCAGUCACUUCACACUGGGGAGAAGCCAUUUGCCUGCUCAGACUGUGGGAAGGGAUUCACUUGGUCAUCUGAACUGAAGAUACAUCAGCGAACUCACACUGGGGAGAGGCCAUUCACCUGUUCAGACUGUGGGAAAGGGUUUAUUCGGUCAUCUCAACUGAAGGUACAUCAGCGAACUCACACUGGGGAGAGACCGUUCACCUGCUCAGUCUGUGGGAAAGGAUUCACUCAGUCUUCUGUACUGAAGGAACAUCAGCGAAUUCACACCGCAGAGAGGCCAUUCACCUGCUCAGACUGUGGGAAAGGAUUCACUCAUUCAUCUGUACUGAAGGUGCAUCAGAGAAUUCACACUGGGGAGAGGCCGUUCACCUGCUCAGACUAUGGGAAGAAAUUCACUGACUCAUCCAGGCUACAGGCUCACCAGCGAGUUCAUACUGGAGAGAGGCCGUUCACCUGUUCAGACUGUGGGAAGGCAUUUACUCGGUCAUCUCAAGUGAUGGUACAUCAGCGGAUUCACACUGGGGAGAGGCCAUUUUCCUGCUCUGAAUGUGGGAAGAGAUUUAUUCAUUUAUCUGACCUGCAGGUGCACCAGCGAGUCCACACUGGAGAGAGGCCGUUCACCUGCUCAGACUGUGGGAAGGCAUUUACUCGGUCAGUUGAACUGAAGACACAUCAGCGAAUUCACACUGGGGAGAGGCUGUUCAUCUGCUCAGACUGUGGGAAAGGGUUUAUUCGGUCAUAUCAACUGAAGGUGCAUCAACGAGUCCACACUGGGGAGAGACCGUUCACCUGCUCAGACUGUGGAAGGGGAUUUAUUCAGUCAUCUCAACUGAUGAUACAUCAGCGUAUUCACACUGGGGAGAGACCGUACGCCUGUUCUGAUUGUGGAAAGAGAUUCAGUCAGUCAUCCGACUUACAGACACACCGACGAGUCCACACUGGAGAAAGGCCAUUUUCCUGCUCCCAAUGUGGGAAGAGAUUCUCUCAGUCAUCCCACCUUGUGACGCACUACCGAGUUCACACUGGGGAAACUGUUUAAACAGGCGACAGGCUACAGGCUGGAUAUUUCACCAUCACAGUUGCUGAAUCAAGUUCAAAAGUGACUGUUGGUGCCGAACUCGGCAAUUACUGCUGCUGUUUAACAAACCCAGUUCCGCACUCUGGUCACUGGGCGUGGGAGAUAUUCCUCGGCUAAUGUUCCCGUUUAAUGGGACUGGAGUUUAAUGGUUUGGAUCUGUGAUGCAGAAAUCAGUUCUAAUUUAAAUCCUGUCCACAUCAACAGAAUCUCCUUUCUCUCCCCUGACUAUAAUCUCCUAUAGCUGCCACAAGGCCUAAAUUUACACUUCCCUAUUAAGCUUCAGAGUGGACAGUGCUGCCGGCCUUUCUGUUGCUUGCAUGCCCCAACGGAUCAACUCCCCACCCACCCCGCAGUAUCCAACAAGGUGUUCUGCUGAGGAGAAUGCCCACAGGACAGCCCUGCACUGACUUCCUAAUGACCCUUACCUCUGCUGGUGGUCACGCUUCUCCUGUCCGAAGCUUGUACUCUGGGUGUGGCCAUCUCUUCAGAUGUUUCAUUGAUAGUAUCUUCAGGCUCCCGAAUGAUCCUGAGUACAUCCAACUCUCUGAACCAGUCAGUCCGGCACUGUAAUUGGGUGCACUUCCUGCAAAUAGUCAUCGGAAAACUGUCAGAUGUCCGGAGUUCCCACAUCUGACAGGAGGAGCAUCCCAUCGUGACUGCCCUGCACCAAAAUACACCACUGUCUGAAUGAAUUAACAUAUGCAAGAAAACAUCGAACGUGAAUGGGUCAAUGACAGUGGAAGUAGAGUGAUCAAUUGUCUGUGUUUUUGCCAUGAGGUCGAAGGAAUAGAUGUUGCCAUUUUAUGAAGCUGCUCUGUAACCCGCAUUUUGUGAACUGAUUACUAUGGGAUAACCUAAUCAGAUCAACUGAACACAAGAAGUUACUGGUAUGCUCAUUGUAAGCCUGAAAUCACUCUUACAUAAUCUGUGUAUCAUGUACACUGACAGGUUUGCAGAAGUAAUCUCGUUAUCUCUGAACCUGAAGUCACUCUGAGAUAAGGUGUGGAUUACGUACAGUGGCAGUUCUGCAGAAGGAAUCUCGAUAUUUCUGCUGAGAGUCUGAGCGACACAGUUUGUCUGUUUGGAACCAUAGUGGAGGAGAACAAAAUAAAUUACCUUUGGCAUGAAGUUGUGUAGCCCUUGGACUACAUCCAAUGGAAAUCUGUUAGUCAUCAGCCUGAUGGACCUCAGCCAACAAGAAUGAGAUGCGUCCUCUGAACUGAUAAGAUUUGUUUCAAAUGUUUCAAAUAAGGCUUGUUUCAAAACAAGUAAAGAGUUUCAAAUGCAAAGGUGUGAUAACUCCUGAGACUAACUAUCACAAGGAAGAACCCCCAAGGAAGGGAUUGGAGGAGAAAUGAUCGAUCAUUUGGAUACAGUGGGAUCCCCUGUUUCAGUGUUGUGAAUUUGAGAAGUGGUCAGGGUGUGUAUUAGUACAGAGGGAGCAGUGGAAUUCAUGUUUUAAGUUGUUAGCCUGGGGUCAACAUAGUUACUUUGUUGUUUGUGCAGGAAAAAUAAAAUGCGAGCUGAGAUUGAUUACGAGUUGCCUGGUGAGUUUCCAAACUGAUCUCAGUUGAUGAACGGUGAACAUAUUUUUGCGCCCUGGGUGAACUCGAAAAGAAAGAAAAAUGGUCUGGGACCCUGGUGACGAGUUGAACCACACAGUAGGUUAGGAUAUUAAAAUGUGAAAGGGAAAGGACGGGCAGAACCCAAGGAUUCAGAGGAUUUCAGAGAUUACUUUCAUGGUUAAUUAUGAAGGAACUGGUCAGAUUAUGAGGAGUGGUUAGAAAAGUUUGACAGCCAAGGGUCCGGGACUGUGGAGGAAGAAUUGUGAAAAGUAGUUAGUGAAAAUAAAUUAAAGAAAUUACAGGGGAUUAAAAAUAUUGUAAUGUGAUGUUUGUUGGAUGAUCCAAUUGAAGUGAAGGGAGAAAAAACUGAAACUGGCGGAGGAAUUGUGUAAGUGUAGGGAAGAGUUAGAAAUUCUGACGGAGCAGCAUCAGGUGAAUUUGAUCCACAUGAGUCAGUUUCAGGCUCAGUGUGAAGCGUUAACAAGAGAAAAUGAGAAAACUGAAGAGGAGUAUAAACAGGCGGAUACAGAAUUAGAGAAAGGAAAAGUCAGGGUCGGGAUUUACGGCUGUUGUGAAUGUCAUGAAGAAAUCGGCAGAUGAGAGGAAAGGCUGCACUGAUCGCAAGUGUUUAAAGCAGAUGGAAAAUCUGCAAAGUGAACUCUCAGCUCGGAGAGGAGUGAUAUCUGCGAGGACUGACGAUGAUGGUGAUGCAGAUUGGGGUGAUUUAACGUAUGAAGAGACGCUGAUGAGGUAAUCGUAGCCUUUGGCCUGAGUCAGAUAUGGUCAGGUAGUGUCCAAAUUUCAUAGAGUGUUUCAACCCUUAACCUCUACACUGUCCAGCUGGUGGAUCAGAAGUCAGGGCCAAGUCACUGCCCAUAUAACCAUAUAACAAUCACAGCACGGAAACAGGCCAUCUUGGCCCUCCUAGUCCGUGCCGAACCCUUAAUCUCACCUAGUCCCACCUACCUGCACUCAGCCCAUAACCCUCCACUCCUAUCCUGUCCAUUCCUCCCAUCUGUUCCUGACCUCGAGCUCAACCCCUCUCUCCAGCUCCGUACCCAGUAUGGGGCUCUUUCUGCUCCCUCCCCCAUCCUGCUUCCUUGUUGUUCUUUUCAUCAAGGCCCAGCACAGACAGUAGCCUCCAUGCUGACCGUGCCGGGAACCCACUACAGUCGAUCUCCAUGAGGAACAGCCACGUCCGCCACCUUUGUCCCUGCACUCCGGGACUAACAGUGUCAAAGCCAGGAUUACUGGGGAAGUGGCCCGCCUCCCAGCAGGUUUUUCCGAGAGUGGGUGCCCCAAUGGUACCUGUAGUAAUGGAGGGACUGCAGGACACACCAGAGCCGGGGGUGUGGGGCGUGUGUGACACGGUAUUCUGACCCUUUGACGUGGCCCAAUUGAGUGCUGGAGUGGUGAAUGAGAUGAUUCUCGGAAACUUUUCCAGUGCAUUCAGCAGACAGGAUAGCUCACGGUUUGUAUGAAACGGAGGAAGGGAAGCUAACCCUUCUUUGUCUAACUUCAGCUUUCCCUUCAGCCCUGCCGGAGGAACAGGCACCCUCCCAGGGGACACGGGGUGAUGUUCAGAAGGCACCAUUAGAAGCUGCUGGACUAAUAGAGGUGACAGUGGGGGUUUUGCAUAACUGCAGACAGUGAAAAGGAAGGAACCUUCUAUAUUUGUGAUGAGGUUGUGGCCGGUUUUCUCGAAUGUUUUUGGUCCUACUUUGGAUACGCAGAAUUUGACGCCGUGACAGAGUAGGAACUGGCCGAGGAACUUGGUAUCGCACAGUACCGAGGAAAGCAGAAGGGUGUGUGAAAUGAUUGAUCCAUUCAAAUCCCACACAUGCUGAAGCAUGGGCUCUCAGAAGGAUGAUGCGAAUGAGGGAAAGUGAGUGAGGGAGAAAGGUACUGAGGAGGAUAAGGGGAAACAGGGUUCGAAAACGACCCGAUAACAGAACAAAGUUUGCAGUGGCAGAAUGAAGGGAGAAGGGGGUGGGGAUGGCCAAUCAGGAUGAGCUCAACAACGCCACCUAAUGGCUGAGUAGUCAAAGACGUGGUUGGAAUAUCUACGUUCCCCCUGUUGUGAAUACUGGAUCCACAAAGAAAUGAUGCAAUUCUGGACACGAAGUUUAUUUUGGCAUUGAUUGCCCACAACCCAGGUGGGUUGGGACUUGUCAGCAUGUAACGAUGGCCUAUUGCCCCAAGAAGGUCAAUUGUGUUAAUAUAAUGCCCAUGGUGCUGACGAAAAGCCACGACUUGAAUCCAGAGUUACCUACGGGGUCUCCAAGUUACAUGUGUGUUCACCACAUGGUCGGAUGAUGCAGCUGGACCCCUUGUUGAAACUAAAGUAGGAAUCCGCCCCAUAAAAUUUCUUGUAGAUGAUAAUAAGGUAGAUGGCGUUGUGGAAAGCUUGUUUCAAAGCUUGCGGAGUGAUUUCGGUCAGUUAGAAGAGUGGGCUGAACGAUGGCAGAUGGAGUUUAAUGCUGAUAAGUGUGAGAUCCUAUAUUUGGGUAGGAAUAAUCCAAAUAGGACAUAAAUGAUAAAUGGCAGGACAUUGAGGAAUGCAGUAGAACCUGUAGAACCAAGGAAUAAUGGUGCAUAGUUCGCUGAAGGUGGAAUCUCAUGUGGAUCGGGUGGUGAAGAAAGCUUUUGGUAUGCUGGCCUUUAUAAAUCAGAGCAUUGAGUAAUGUUAAAAUUGUGCAAUGCAUUAGUAAGGCCGAAUUUGGAGCAUUGUGUACAGUUCUGGUCUCCGAAUUAUAGGAAAGAAAUCAACAAAAUAGACAGAGAACAGAGCAUAUUUAUUAGAAUGUUACCUGGGUUUCAGCACCUUAUUUACACGGAAAGGUUGAACAAGUUACGUCUUUAUUCUUUGGAGCAGGGGUCAGCAACCUUUACCACUGAAAGAGCCACUUGGACCCGUUUCCCACAGAAAAGAAACUACUGGGAGCCGCAAAACCCGUUUGACAUUUAAAAUGAAAUAACACUGCAUACAAAGUUUUGUUUUGCCUUUAUGCUAUGUAUAAACAAACUAUAAUGUGUUGCAUUUAUGAAAUUGAUGAACUCCUGCAGAGAAAACGAAAUUACAUUUCUGCAUGCAACAAAAACAUUUUGAACUCCGAAAAAAAGACGUUGGGUUGAAGGUUACUUUUAAGUAAAAUACUCAACGUCUAUUUGAGUCCUUCUUGUAUUUAUGAAAAACGCCAAACUUAAAUUUGCCGCCAGCAGCAAACCAAAAAUAACGUCAGCCAGCUGUCAACCUGAAAAAUAAAAGGACUAUUUCACUGAACAAUGAAAACAUAUGAAUAUACGUAAAAUAAUAGGCAAUUAAAAUAUUUAUCAUACUUGUUCAGGUUGACUCACACCUGACAAUGCAGUCGUAUUCAGUAGAGAUGAAUCGAUGCUUAGGGGAGUGACCGGGAAGGAUAAUGUGUUUUUUUCCUCUCUGAACUCACAAAAGCGUUUCCCAAACGAUGUUUGCAUUGCGAUGAUUGCAGAAUGUAAAUACUCCGAAUUUAUCAUGUCGUGACCUUGUUUGAACUCUCUCAAAUUGGGGAAGUGAGACAAUGUGCCUUUCUGUAAAUCUCUGGCAAGCAACGUCAACUUGCGCUCGAAUGCCAAAACAUCCUCCAACAUGUGCAGGGCUGUACGUCCUUUCCCCUGAAGAGCUGUGUUCAGCGUGUUCAGGUGCGCUGUCAUGUCUACCAUGAAGUGUAGCUUUUCCAGCCACUCUGGCUGUUCCAGCUCAGGAAAGUUGAGCCCUUUGCUGCCCAGGAAAGUUUUCACUUCUUCCAGACACGCGACAAAGCGUUUCAGCACCUUCCCUCUGGACAGCCAGCGAUAAAAACACGUUGUAGCGGUGUCAGUAAACUGCAGUCAAAGAUAGCUUUAUUCGAACUAAACAGCCUUGCUUUUAAGCCUCCCUCAACCCACCCCCCAUGGGCGCGGAUGCUGCAAAAGACACGUACUCACAAACCCCCGUAGGCUAUCUCCCUCAGCCUGAACACUGGCUAAUUGUGAGCCGGUUCGGAUGUGUCAGGAAAUGGGUCGCCACAACGUCUUAUUUAGAUUGUACAAGAUCACCAUAAUCUUCAAAUUUAGAAUUACAUUUCAAAAACUAACAAACUAACAUAAAAUACAUUUUAAUUAAAUACUGACCAUGUAGCGGUGUGCUACACGCAGCGCUAAAAUUACGACACGGAGUCGGUAACUGCAGUCGUAGGAAAAAACUUUAUUCGAAAACUUCAGCCUCACUUUUAAGCCUCCCUCAACCUGCCCCCCAUGGCGCAGAGGCUCCAAAGCUCUGUGCUCGCAAACCCCCGUAGACUAUCUAAUUGUGAGUCGGUUCAGAUGUGCCAGGAAAAGGGUCGCCACAACCAAUUAUUUCCCAAAGCAACAGGGAGCCGCAGCACAGACGUAAAAGAGCCACAUGUGGCUCCGGAGCCGCGGGUUGCCGACCCCCACUUUGGAGCAUAGAGGUUUGAGUGGGGACUUGAUAGAGGUAUUUAAAAUUAUGAGGGGGAUAGAUAGAGGUGACGAGGAUAGGCUUUUUCCAUUGAGAGUAAGGGGGAUUCAAACAAGAGGACAUGAUUUGAGAGUUAAGGGACAAAAGUUUAAGGGUAACACUAGGGGGUAUUUCUUUACUCAGAGAGUGGUAGCUGUGUGGAAUGAGCUUCCUGUAGAAGUAGAAAUAGUAGUGUAUAUAUAUACAUAUGGUUAAUAAUGCAGGAGAGUCUCGAACCACCCUAAAUUGGCUUUUAAUGCAACACAUUGGGAAACAGAAGAUGCAGUUAUUAUGAAUGAAUUUACGUGACACUCACGUGUGUGGGAGUACCGUUGAUAUACAUUCGAAACUUUGAGAUUUUUUAAUAUAUUUAAUCUUGUAAUGUGCUCAAUAGACCCUGCAUUAUCCCAGAUUGCUUUGCUGUAUGCUAACUGAGGACGUGGAAGGAGGCGUGUGACUUUGGCUUCGAAGGACAAAAAAUAAGAUGAUCAAAAACAGAAAAGAUGUUCAAGACUUUUGACAACUUGGUUAGAGUCCCCCAAACACAAACUAAUCCAAGAGUUCAUACUCUCGAGGAGAAUGAUA